AUGGCAGCUGGUGGUAAGAAGGCGAAAGCCAAGGACAAGAGUAGCAAGGCUGCUUCCAAACAGAAGAAUAAGAAGACCAAGAGCCCAGAAGCUACAGAUGAUCAGACGACAACUGAAACCCCUAUGCCUGGUAGCCCAGACUUAGUGGCGCAAGAUCAGAAACCUGUCGAACAAGUACCGGAGCCUGUACAUGAACCGGCUGUACAGCCUGAGCAGUCUGAGCAACCCGAACAACCUGAACACGCUGAACAACCUUCAGUAUUGGACUAUCUAGACGAACAGUCUGAGCAACCCGAACAAACCAAACAACCUGAACACGCUGGACAGCCUUCAGCGUUGGACUAUCUAGACGAACAGUCUGAGCAACCCGAACAAACCAAACAACCUGAACACGCUGGACAGCCUUCAGCGUUGGACUAUUUAGACGAACAGUCUGAGCAACCCGAAGAAACCAGACAACCUGAAAACGCUGAACAACCUUCAGUAUUGGACUAUCUAGACGAACACUCUGAGCAACCCGAGCAAUCCAAAGAACCUGAACACGCUGAACAACCUUCAGCGUUGGACUAUUUAGACGGGCAGUCUGAGCAACCCGAGCAAAUCAAAGAACCUGAACACGCUGAACAGCCUUCAGCUUUGGACUAUCUAGACGAAGCCUCUCCAGCAGCAACGCCACUCCCUCCAUCACCACUGCCGCAGGAAAAAGCACUUGGUAAUGCGGAACUGGAACAGAUUGUCACUCAGUCACUGGAACCUGACACAAAUCAACCCGCUGUGAACAGCGAUACGCCAGAGGCUGGUCUACCUGUGCUUAACGACGAAGAAUCUCACGAGCCUGUCGUUGAGGUCGAAGAGCAGUCGCUACCCAAAGAAGAUAGUGUUCCUGUCGAGCAUUUGGAACCUAAAGAGAAAACGCCAACUCUGUCUUCUACCUCAUUUGCUCCAUUCUCCCCUGUGCCUACCCAGGUACCCCUGCCAUCGCCUUCUCUGACCGAAGCACGGUUUAUGUCAAGCCCUUCACCAGAUAAUUAUUAUUAUUCUGGAUAUUCUGCAUCGCCGGCGCUUGUUCCAUACGCUUCGCACGCUUCGCCAUACGUUUCCCAAUCUCCAUACGCCUCGCCCUACGCAUCACCCUUCGCCUCGCCCUACGCCUCGCCUUACGCCUCACCGGUGCCCAAAGUCAGCAGCCCUCUCGCUCGCUCCCAUUACCCUUAUAUGCCUCCUGUUAUGUCACCUACCGCAACUCCUCCACCACCUCUCGCCCCGGCAGCCCCUGUAGCUCCUACCGCCCCUGCUGUACCUACAAUUGCCUCGAGAGCACCAUCGAUUACUCAAAGCUACGGAACGGCUGCCCACUCCCCAGUCAUGAGCUCAGCAAGUGCUGUUUCUCCAUACACUCAUCCAGCCUAUCCUUAUUACCCUCCAGAGGGCCACUCUAUGCAACGGAGCUACAGCAUUAGCGACUCCUCACCGUACGCUGCGUCUUUCCAGGCUAUCCGUGACCUCGGCUUAGGCAACGCCAAACCGACUGAGAAUGGCUCUCCAUCGCCACCAGAUAGUGACGCCGAGCACACAGAGCUUCUUCACCGAAUUCAAUCUGCACUUCCCGAUAUCAACCGCCUUCUGCAUGGGUUUAAGGCUACCCAUAGCAAACUCUCAAGCCGAGAGGCGGAGAUGAAGCAGAUUGGAAAUCAACAUGAACAAGCUUUGCUGCACAAAGAUUUCUAUAUUGAGGCGUUGCAGUCGCAAAUGAAGAAGACGGCCGCUGAAAGUGCCGAAGAGGGUGCAAAGUUGAGAAAUACCAUCAACGAGCUGCGAAUGGAACUGGGAAGUUUACAAGAAAAGCAGAAAGACCUCGAGGAUGGUCUGGCUAUCCAUCAAAGGUCGAACGAGGAACUCUCAGAGUCCAAAGUUGAACUUGAAGCGGAGAUUGCCAAACUCAACACCACAAUCCAAGAGACCCAAGAUGCGCAUGCGAAAGAGAUGGAGGAUCAGAAAGAGGAGCAUGCAAAUGCGCUUAUUACCCAGAAGCAGGAGCUGACCGAGCUUUUUGAAGAGAUCAAGAGUGAAGACGAGAAAGCAGCCAACGACACUUUGGAGGCACGUGAGAAGGAACUUCGCGAUGAACAUGAUGCCCACAAGGCAGAGUGGGAAACCGAAAAUGGGAAUUUGCAGCAGUCUAUCGAGGCCCACCGCAAUGAACUCGAAGCCACGAAUGCCGAAUUGGCUUCUAAGGUCGCUGAGCUGGAAUCUAAGGAAACUGAAAUACAGACCCAGUUGGGUGAACUCACAGCUGUACGCGAGGAGGUGGCAUCCAAGCUGAUGGAGUUGGAGACCAAGGGAAACGAAUUGGAGGCAAAAGAAAACGAGUUGGCGGAAGUUCGGGCAAAGAGCGCCCAGGACCUGGAAGCUCUCCAGCAAAGACAUGCCAGCGAACUGGACUCCAUACGAUGCACCCACCAACAACAACUGGCCAACGCGGCAAAGGAAUUUGACGAAAAGAUUUCUGCCAUUGAGGCGCAAUUGAAUGACAAGGAACAGUCCUGGUCGGAGGAACGGGUUGAAUUGGAGAAGCUGCUCUCGGAGAAGAAUAACGACCUGAUGAGCUCGGAGCGAGAGAAGGAGAAGCUAGAGGAAGACGGUCUUAUCAAAGAACAGCAACUUCAGCGAGCCGUUGAUGGGAUGCGAACCACCAUUGAUCAUCUGGGUGAAGACUGUGACCGAUUGAGGAAGACACUGCACAGCCUUGGUGAAGCGACCGACCUCAAGACCACCAAGGGCGAUAAGUUCUUUCAAGACUGUUUCACUCAGCUUUCGCAAUUGAUCCACCAGCUGUCAAAGGAACACUUUUCUUACCUCCCCAUUGACCCGCCCAAAGAUAUUCUCUCCAAAAUUCCACCCGAGCUGCCAUCCUUCCUCGACAACACCCCAGCCUCUCAAGCACUUCGAUGUGCCUAUGUUGAGCAUGUGGUAUCCAAAACCAUCACCUAUCGGGUAUUCCAGCCCUUCCUGUUCACCCUGGGUCGCCGAUAUGAUAAGGCCGACACUUUCUUCCAAAUGCUGUCCAUGGAUAUCCGUCGAAAGUCCGUCCGCCGCGAGGCCUUUUGGCGCCAGCAAACCCUCAAGGCAGCCUACACCGCCUCCGACGCCAAACAAUCCAUCAACGUGGCAGCAGCGGUGAUCGUAGAUGAGAUCGUUGACCACAUCAAGCACUUCGCUGACCCCAAACACCUGGACACCCUUCUAAUCGGUGUUCGCAAGAUUGUGAAGCUGGCUGCUGAGACCUGGCGCCACGCCCGCGUCGAACGGGAACUCGUUUUGGCUUCCCUGCCCGCACCUGAUGCCCAGGGUAUUUCCAAUGAAGGAUGGGACGAGUACGGUACCUCCGGCGCUUCUAGUCCGGGACCUAAGGGUGAUCCGGCCCGCCAUGUCAUCCUUCGCACUUUCCCAAGUGUCUUGCGGGAGGCUGCCCACGAGGACUUUGCCAGUGGGGAGCGGGCUAGUCCUUGCAUAUACUCACAUGGUGUCUUACUUUAUUCGGAUUCUCCGGUCGUUAUGGCGCGCCUGCAGGAAUUGGCGAAGAGAUCGACUGAUACUUUGGUUGCUGAUGAGCAGUUGUUGCCAAGGACUCCGAAAGGCUCUCGUGAGAACUUGGCACUCAAGGAGAUCGAUAGGUUGGCAACUUUGACUGUCCAGUCGGCGCCGACUAGUCCGACUAAGAAGGGUCAAUUUUGA